UCCCGCGCCUCAGCAACGCGGGGCGGCAAACCGUGCGCCCUCGUUCCAAACGUCCACUGGCCGAGAGCAGGACGAGGAGAGCGGAGCCCAGGGCUCCAGCUUGGAGGCCACAAACCCACAAGCCGAGUCACUGCUGAGAGCCCGAUGGCCCGGUAGACCUGCGAGGAGCGGGGGGCGCCUGGUCGCCCUUCCUCCCUGAGCCUCCCACGGAUCCCAACAGAGCCCACGAUGCCGCCGUCGUUAGCGACCAACAGAGUCUCCCUCCGGGAGCUGGCCGACCUGGCAAUCGGCACUCCGGAGGUGGGAGCGGUGAACUUCACGGCCCUGCACACACUGAUAGUGGCCAUGCUCAAGAGCCUCAACCUCCAAGGGGUACUUAUUGACUUCCACUCCCCGUCGGCUGAGUCUGGCCGCUCCCUUGAUGUGGUCCGAAGCUCCCUUAGCACCCCGCAUGUGCCAAGCAGCAAAGAGAGGCGCCGGAGUCUGUCCAGACCGUCCCUGCCUCCGCAGACACUGGAGAGCCAGGUGAAGGACCUGGGCACCCAGGUACUGGACCUCAGCCAGCAGAUUAAGAACAUGGACAACAAAGUGCAGGGCAUUGCCACACACGUGGAGCACAUCUCCGGAGUCUCUGACCUCUACACGGAGUUCCAAAGGCUGGAAGAGGAGAUGACUCUGGUGCCCCCACAGGCAUCCCCACAGACAUCUCCACGUAUAUCCUCACAGAUAUCCCCACAGAUAUCUCCGACAAAGUCCACCCGGAUCUACGAAGCCAUAGAGAUACAGGAGAAGCCUGAGGCCACAGUUGGGGUGUCCCCCCAGGUGACACAAUCAAGGCUCUCGAAGACUCAGAAAGAUAUCAGCCCAUCCAAGCCCAUGAAUGUGCUCCAAGACCUCGUAGAAGACAUAAAAGUCCUGAAAGAAGCCCACCGGAAGGUGCAGGCUGAACUGAGUGCCCAGGAACUCCUUCAGCGUGUUAAUGAACUGGAGAGAGUGGUCAAAGACCGAGAGGAAUAUCUGGAUCAAUUAAGUCGGAGGCUGAAUCUUGCUCCGGGUACUGAAGAAAUCACCAUGGUCACCUGGGAAGAGCUGGAACAAGUGAUCAGUGAUGGUUGGAAGGCCUCAAGAGGGAGCUCAGAUUCAUCAACAGCAACAUUUGGCAGGCACAAAAUGACAUCAUUGACAUCAAAUGAGUUUCCCAGUGGAAUAUUUCCCAAGGCCUUCACUGCUGACCAGGCUCGGGUUUCCACUGGGGGCCCAGAACAGAUCUUAACCAGUGGCGUAGAACACCCCACUGAAAGAAUAAUUAGAGGAGAUGAGAGUGCUGGAUUUCGAGAUCUGCACCCAGGGGCCCGCGAGCCAUCCCAUAUCACCGCAGAAACAGAUCGCCAGAGGCCUGGGGACUAUGUGGCUUCCACACGUCAAAGAAGAGAUGAACAACAGCCUGGCCCAACUCAACAGGGCUUACUCCCAGCCAGAGACCAGUAUGGUGGGGUGCCCGUUAGUCCAGUCUACCCAACUCCAGAUGUGCAUGGGAUUGGAGCGUUUGUCACGGAUCAGCCUGCAAUCCUGUACCCUGGCACUUACCCUCAUGCUGUGGUGCCCUUCACUAUGGGUCAGCUUGGUGUGUUACCACCAGAAAUGGAUGACCAGGGAUUGGUACCUUUCGGUAUGGAUCAGAGUGGUAUGCUGCCACCAUCAGUAUCUGACAGGAGUCAACAAGGACUGGAAAGACUUCGUACAGCUCAGCUUGCUACAGUUCCAUUCAGCACAUAUCAGCAAGUUAUGAUGCUUCCUAGAACAGAUCAACAUGGCAUGGAACAGGCUGUCAUGUAUGACAGUGGUCUGGGACCAUGGGACAUGGAUAGGCAAGGGUUGAUACCAGUUGGCAUAGAUCAGCAUGGAUUUGUAAUAUUAGGCACAGGUCAGCAAGGGCUGAUUCCCCCUGGUGUGGAUCAGCAGGGAUUGGUAAUGCCUGGCAUAGACCAGCAUGCAUUCCCUCCAUCUCUUCCAGAUCAAUAUGGCUUGGUGUCACCUGGUCUGACACAAGUGGGUAUAGAUCAACAAGGUUUUGGGCAGCCCAGCUCAGAAGCACCAGGCUUCAUACAACCUGGUAUAGAUCAGCACGGUGUGGUGCAGCCCGGUGCAGAUCAGCGCGGCGUGGUGCAGCCCGGUGCAGAUCAGCGCGGCGUGGUGCAGCCCGGUGCAGAUCAGCGCGGCGUGGUGCAGCCCGGUGCAGAUCAGCGCGGCGUGGUGCAGCCCGGUGCAGAUCAGCGCGGCGUGGUGCAGCCCGGUGCAUUUCAGCGCGGCGUGGUGCAGCCCGGUGCAGAUCAGCGCGGCGUGGUGCAGCCCGGUGCAGAUCAGCGCGGCGUGGUGCAGCCCGGUGCAGAUCAGCGCGGCGUGGUGCAGCCUGGUGUAGAUCCACGUGUUUUGAUGAGGCCUGAACCAGACAGGCGUAGUUCAGAACCUGCUAGGACAGAUAGGCAGAGUUUGGUACAGUCUGUUGCAGAUCGGCGUAGUUCAGAGCCCUUGCCGGCAGAUCGCCGGGGUCUGGGGCAGCCUGGGGCAAGUGGGAGAGGUUUAGCACAUCCUGGAGCGGCUAGGCAGAGUUUACUACAGCCAGGGGCAGAUCAACGUGGUUUGGUACAGCCUGGAACAGACCAACCAGGGGCAGUCCAGCCCGGCCCGGUGGAACCAGGGGCAGUCCAGCCCGGCCCGGUGGAACCAGGGGCAGUCCAGCCCGGCCCGGUGGAACCAGGGGCAGUCCAGCCCGGCCCUGUGCAACCAGGGGCAGUCCAGCCCGGCCCUGUGCAACCAGGGGCAAUUCAACCUGGCAUGAUGCAGCCAGGUGCAAUUCAACCUGGCAUAAUGCAGCCAGGUGCAAUUCAACCUGGCAUGAUGCAGCCAGGAGCAAUUCAACCUGGCAUGAUGCAACCUCUUGGUGCAGGUCAGCCUAGCUUGAUUCAACCUGGUGUAUAUCCACCUGGUUUGGCACAACUUGGUGCAGGUCAACAAGGUUUAGUGCAACCUGGCACAGGUCAGCCUGUUUGGGUUCAACCGAGCACAGAUCAACAUGGCUGGAUACAACCUGGUGCAUUUCUGCCUGGUUUGGUACAACCUAGUGUAGCUCAACAUGGUGUGGUACAACUUGGAAUGGAUCACCAUAGAUUGGUACAACCAGGUGCAGUUCAGCAUAGGCUGGUACAGCCAGAUGCAUAUGUACCUGGGUUGAUGCAACUUGGUGCAAUUCAGGAUAGUUUGGUACAACCUGAAAUACAUCAGCGUGGUUUUGUGCAGCCUGGUGCAGAUCAGCUUGAUAUGGCACAACCAGGGGCAGUCCAGCCUGGCCUGGUGCAACCAGGGGCAGUCCAGCCCGGCACUGUGCAACCAGGGGCAGUCCAGCCUGGCCUGGUGCAACCAGGGGCAGUCCAGCCUGGCCUGGUGCAACCAGGGGCAGUCCAGCCUGGCCUGGUGCAACCUGGGGCAGUCCAGCCAGGCCUGGUGCAACCAGGGGCAGUCCAGCCUGGCCUGGUGCAACCAGGGGCAGUCCAGCCAGGCCUGGUGCAACCAGGGGCAGUCCAGCCAGGCCUGGUGCAACCAGGGGCAGUCCAGCCAGGCCUGGUGCAACCAGGGGCAGUCCAGCCAGGCCUGGUGCAACCAGGUGCAAUUCAACCUGGCAUGAUGCAACCAGGUGUAGAUCAGCGUGGCCUGGUGCAACCUGGGGCAUUUCCUAGUGGUUGGACACAGCCUGAAACAUACUCACCUGGCUUGGUUCAACCUGGUAUAGGUCAAUAUGGUUUGGUUCAGGCAAGAGCUGAUCAAUAUGGUUUUAUGCAGCCAAGUGAAGCACAACAUGGUUUACUCCAACCUGGUGGAGAUCAACAUGGAUUGAUGCAACCUGACAUAGAUCGACUUGAUUUGAUGCAACCUGGAAUGGAUCAUGGUGGUUCAGUACAACCUGGUGCAGAUGAGAGUAGCUUAGCCCAACCUGGAAUGGGUCAGCAGGGUUUGGCACAACCUGGCAUGGAUCAGCGUGAUUUGGUACAACCUGACUUGGCACGACCUGGAGCACUUCAACAUGGCUCAGUGCAACUUAGUGCAGACCAGUCUGGCUUGGCACAGCCUAGAGUAUACCAGAGUGGCUUGGUGCAGCCUGCCAUGGACCAGCAUGGCUUAGCACAACCUAGGAUGUAUCAGUAUGGUUUUGUGGAAUCUGGUGCAGUUCAGCAGAGGCUGGUGCAGCCUGUCGUGGAUCAGCGUGGCCUGAUGCAGCCUGGAGCAGUUCAGCCGAGGCUGGUGCAGCCUGUCGUGGAUCAGCGUGGCCUGAUGCAGCCUGGAGCAGUUCAGCCGAGGCUGGUGCAGCCUGUCGUGGAUCAGCGUGGCCUGAUGCAGCCUGGAGCAGUUCAGCCGAGGCUGGUGCAGCCUGUCGUGGAUCAGCGUGGCCUGAUGCAGCCUGGAGCAGUUCAGCCGAGGCUGGUGCAGCCUGUCGUGGAUCAGCGUGGCCUGAUGCAGCCUGGAGCAGUUCAGCAGAGGCUGGUGCAGCCUGUCGUGGAUCAGCGUGGCUUAAAGCAGCUUGGAGCAGUUCAGCCUCGGCUGGUGCAGCCUUUCGUGGAUCAGCGUGGCUUAAAGCAGCUUGGAGCAGUUCAUCCUAGGCUGGUGCAGUCUGUCGUGGAUCAGCAAGGCCUGGUGCAGCUUGUCAUGGAUCAGCGUGGCUUAACGCAGCCUGGAAUAGUUCAGCCUAGGCUGAUGCAACCUGUUGUGGAUCAGCAUGAUCUGGUGCAGCCUGUCAGGGAUCAGCAUGGUCUGGUGCAGCCUGUCAGGGAUCAGCAUGGUCUGGUGCAGCCUAUUAUGGAUCAGCGUGACCUGGUACAACCUGGCAUGGAUCAGCCAAGUUCAGUGCAGCCUGGCAUGGAUCAGCGUGGCUCUCAGCAGCUUGGGGAAGAAAGGAGUGAUUCACAGCAGCCUAGCACGGAUCAGAGUGACUCACUGCAGCCUGGGGCAGAUCAGCCUGGCUUGUUGCAGCCUGGGGCAGAUCAGCCUGGCUUGUUGCAGCCUGGGGCAGAUCAGCCUCGCUUGUUGCAGCCUGGAACAGAUCAGCCUGGCUUGUUGCAGCCUAAGACAGGUUGGCUUAGUAUGAUGCAGCUAGGAAGACUUCAACCUGGUGCAAUCCCUCAGAGCUUGGUUCAGCCUGGUGCAGGCCCUCUUGGCUUGGUUCAGCCUGGUGCAGGCCCUCUUGGCUUGGUUCAGCCUGGUGCAGGCCCUCAUGGCUUGGUUCAGCCUGGCAUAGGCCCUCAUGGUUUGGUUCAGCCUGGUGCAGGCCCUCUUGGCUUGGUUCAGCCUGGUGCAGGCCCUCUUGGCUUGGUUCAGCCUGGUGCAGGCCCUCAUGGUUUGGUUCAGCCUGGUGCAGGCCCUCAUGGUUUGGUUCAGCCUGGCAUAGGCCCUCAUGGUUUGGUUCAGCCUGGCAUAGGCCCUCGGGGCUUGGUCCAGCCUGGUGCAGGCCCUCAGGGAUUGGCCCAGCCUGGUGCAGGCCCUCAGGUCCAGCCUGGUGUGCACAUGGCUCCACUUGGUACAUAUCCAUCUGGUUCUAAACAAACCAUUACUAGUCAGCCAAGCUUCAUAGCAUCAGGCAUAGAGCUUCAUGGCUUUCCAGAUUCAUAUCAGCGGCAAAUGCUAACUUCUGAACCAGUACAAGGCCAAGCUGGGCAAGAUAUACUUCCUGUCCUGGAUCAGGACUCGGACCAACAAGUUCCAGGUGAAGGCCCAACAAUCCCAGGUACAGUUCAGUACGAUCAAACACAGGCUGUCCCGAGUCACGGUGGCCCAGAACCCAGAGCUUACACAUCUGGCCACAUGAUUUGGGAUCCGAGCAGGAAACUCACCUCAGUCCAAUUUGAAUUGGCUACCCCAGGGGGCUCACACCAAGCUACCACUGACUCCAGGAUUCGAGACUUGAGCUAUCUCCACCGAUUCUCAUCAGCAAGUGAGACCCGCAGUGAUCGACAGGAGUCCCUGGAAAAACUGACUCCCAGCUUUCCCAUGGCAGUGGAGACAUUUCGUCUGAUGGGCGAGAUCAUUGGCAUUUAUGUGGAACUGAAGGAUCGCAUGAAGGACUUGGAUGAGGAGCAUGCCGGCCAGACUGACUUGGAGAAAAUCCAGUACCUGCUCUCCAUGAUGGUCAAAAAGACCAUACCUCAGGACCUGCAAGACCAGCUGAAGAGCCUAAAGGCCUUGAACAGAGAAGUUCGACAGGACAAGGCCAAACUAGAAAAGAUCCAGAAGUUGCUGGAUACUGAAGGCUCUACAACGAAGGAUGUGAAGCCUAGUCAUCUGAGCUUGCAGCUGGGCAUCCUCAGAGUCACCGUGUCUGACAUCGAGAAGGAGCUGUCUGAGCUGAGGGAGAGCCAAGAGCGAGGCAAGGCCGCCAUGGAGAAUUCCGUCUCCGAAGCCUCCCUCUACCUACAGGAUCAGCUGGACAAGCUCAGAACCAUCAUCGAAAGCAUGCUGAGCUCCUCCUCCACGCUGCUGUCCAUGAGCAUAACCCCACACAAGUCGACGAGCACCCUGGUGCCUGGCCAGAUCGACCCCGAGGCCACCUGUCCCGCCUGCAGUCUGGACGUGAGCCAUCAAGUCAGUCUGCUGGUCCAGCGUUACGAGCAGCUACAGGACAUGGUCAGCGGCCUGGCUGCCUCCAGGCCCUCCAAGAAGGCCAAGCUGCAGAGCCAGGAUGAAGAGCUGCUGGGCCACGUGCAGAGUGCCAUCCUACAGGUCCAGGGUGACUGUGAGAAGCUCAAUGUCACUACCAGCAACCUCAUUGAGGACCAUCGGCAGAAGCAGAAAGACAUUGAAGUGCUGUACCAGGGAAUAGAGAGACUGGAUAAGGAAAAGGCUGACCGAGAACAUCUGGAGAUGGAGAUUGAUGUAAAAGCGGACAAGAGUGCUCUGGCAUCCAAAGUGAGCCGCAUCCAGUUUGACGCCACCACCGAGCAGCUGAACCACAUGAUGCAGGAACUGGUGGCCAAGAUGAGUGGCCAGGAGCAAGACUGGCAGAAACUUGUGGACAAGCUCCUGGCGGAGAUGGACAGCAAGCUGGACCGCCUGGAGCUGGACCCGGUGAAGCAGAUGCUGGAGGAUCGCUGGAAAUCGCUGCGGCAGCAGCUCAAAGAGCGCUCUCCACUCUACCAGGCAGACGAGGCAGCUGCCAUGCGGAGGCAGCUCUUGGCUCAUUUCCACUGCCUGUCCUGUGACCGUCCCUUGGAGACAGCUGUGACUGGACAAGUCAUCUCUAUGACCCCUAUAGUUCCCAGCAUGCCGGGGCACCGCUCUGUCCGGCCUUAUACUGUGUUCGAGCUAGAACAGGUCCGACAGCAGAGCCGCAACCUGAAGCUGGGCGGCAGCUUCGCCCGAGGCGAUCUGUCGCAGAUGGAGAGGAGCGUGGGGCGCCUGCGCAGCAUGCACUCCAAGAUGCUGAUGGACAUCGAGAAGGUGCAGAUCCACUUCGGAGGCUCGGUGAAGGCCAGCAGCCAGAUGAUCCGAGAGCUGCUGCAUGCCCAGUGCCUCAGCCACCCGUGCUACAAACGGGGAGUAGACACGGCAGACUACACCUACUCAACUGUGCCCCGCCGCUGUGGCGGCAGCCACACCCUCACCUACCCUUACCGCCGAAACCGCCCGCAGCACCUGUCCCCGCUGGAGGAGAUCCAGAUUGCCAUGAAGCACGAUGAGGUCGACAUCUUGGGCCUUGAUGGACACAUCUACAAGGGACGAAUGGAUACAAGGUUGCCAGGCAUCCUGGGGAAAGAUGGAAUGGCAAAGCACAAGUCGAAGCAGCUGCAGCAGCUGCAGCAGUUACAACAGUUCCAGCAGCUGCAGCAGCUCCAGCAACUCCAGCAGGCCCAGCAUGCCCGGCCCCACAUGCACAGCAGACAGCCAUCCCUGGGCCACAGCGGCCUGCCACCCUCUCGACCUCAGAGUGCUCAGACGGCUGACAGCAAUUCAGGGCGAAAGAAAGACAGACCUCUUUCCUCUGAGGGGCGCCUCACCCAGCCGAAUGUGGCCCACACAUCCACCCCCACAGAGAUGGCAAGUCUGCGGGGCAGCCCAGAUGGGCUGAACAUGCACAUGGGUGGGCAUCCUGGGCAGGGGAUGGAGGAGCCUACCCGGGGACCGAGGUCCACCACUGCUCACUAGACAGAGCUAUAAAUAAAAGUUUUAAAUAAGGCGUUUGGAUACCGA